GGACAGGCAGAUGCAUUGUGGGCCGAGGGGCACGUUCUGAAACAGUCCACUUCAGCUCAGCAGGCUGCAUCACCACGGCUGUGCUCUCAGUUAGUGGAUUUGGUUCUUUUGCCAUAAGAGGGACUCAGCAGACGGACCCCUGAGCUUUCACUUUGAUGUCCAUUGCCUUACAGCUAAUUCAGUACUACUUCAAGACAAGACCAUUAAACAGAAGGGAUUUGACAAUCCCUAAAAUGAACGCCACAAAUGACACUUCAGACAAAUGUGACAGCAUCGACUUCAGCUCUGACCAAGUCUUCCUCCCUGUCCUCUACGGCUUCAUCUUCUGCCUUGGCCUGCCCACCAACUGCCUGGCGUUAUACGGCCUAGGCAGCUACAUCAAGUGCAAUAAAGCUCUUCCCAUUUUUGUUGUCAACCUUCUUGUGUCCGACCUUCUACACCUUCUUCCAAUGCCCCUGUGGAUCGAUUACUAUCACAACGGCCACAAUUGGCGCUUUGGUUUGAAUGCCUGCACCAUCACAAGCAUUUUGUUCUGGAUCUGCAUGUGGAACAGCGUCUUCUUCUCUUGCUGCAUCUCCAUUGAGCGAUACCUCGCCAUUGUCCGGCCUCUGUGGUUUCAAAGUAAUCGUCUCAAAGGCGUCUACAUCUUGUGUGCCUGCAUUUGGCUGUGUGUGUCCAUCAUGACUAUUCUUGCCUUCCGAAUUGGAUUCUCAGGCUCCACCACUGGCUUGUGCAUGGAGUCGUAUCCAACAAGGAGGAACUUUGCACAGUUUCGUUGUGCCAUAAUGGUCUUCACUUUUUUUUUUCCUCUGGUCCUUCUCCUCUUGUGUUCGACCAGAGCUUCUCAGAAGAUGAAACACAUUGCUUUUUUAUCGGAGAAUAAAAAGAAGAGAAUGAAGCAACUAUUAUCUUUUGUGGUCUUUGCCUUCGUCUUAGUGUUUGGGCCAUACCACCUGCUCAGCCUUGUUAAAUUCAUCCUCAUUCUUCAUGGAAAUGUAUGCCAGAAUGAGGCCACCAUUUUUAUUUUCUAUCAAGUUGGAAAGGGAAUUCUCAGCCUGAACACCUUACUGGAUCCAGUCUUCUAUAUUUUUCUUAGACAAGAUGUUAAGAAAAAUCUGGAAAUUUUCAGACUCUUUAAAACUGACAAGCAAAGCACGGUUUCUCAGGAGGCUUUGCCUCUUAUUUACUUUGGGGGUCACUUAUGCUGUUUUGACAUUUUUGACCUUUUUAAAGACAUCAGCAUCAAGGUACAAAUGCUAUGGCAGCAACACCUUAUCAGCCUCAUAAAUGUACUCAAAAGGACUGCUGACUGGGACUGGUGGACCAGAUUUUACGUCAUGCAGCAGAAUGAAUUCUUUAUAGCUGAGCUUUACUUCAACCAGCUGGUAGCCAUGAAGGUCAUUGUGGUGAGCGUGGGGGAGAAGAUCCAUCGCAUAAUCCAGUAA